UAACGAGAUUAUAUUUUGGCAUUAGUUAGGUUGGGCAAAAAUACGUUACCUAAGACGGUUGAAUUGUAAACAUUCUCACAUUUUAACUGAAAGCUUUAUUCUAUUCUAAACUUUUUGUAGAAAGUAGUAAAGAUAUCCUCCCCUUGUUAAAAAUUUAGUUCAAAUAAAAUUGUUAGCUAAUGAAUGUGCCAUUUCAUUUUGGGUAAUUACUAUCGCUCUCAAUGGAUUUAAAUUGGGUUAUUAAUUAUAUUUAGUGAAACAUUGUUCCUAAUUAACUUAGUUACUUUUAAUUUUGAAAAGUUCUUGUUGAUAAAGACUAAAAAAACCUUUGACAUAGUAGAUACAGAUUUCUGUUCUACGGAAUCUCUUAAAACAAAUUCUCAUAAAGAAAGUUCUGGUAAUGGACUUGUGUUAAAUAAACGAUUGUGAUUUCAUUUGCUGAAAAUUGUUAACUAAGAAGUUCAGAUGAUGAUUUUUAUUCAUGAAGAAUGAUAGAUUGAUUCUGAAUCGAAUUCCAUACAAAUUAUCAGAAAUGAAUGACUCUGAGUUUGGUUUAAUCUAUUCGAAUUCAACAAAAACAGAUGUUACUAAUUCCUCAGUUAUUGUUCCCUCACAAGAUGUUGCAGAAAGUAGUUCGUAUGAUGAUCUUGCUUUAUCAGAAAUGAAUGAUUCUGAUUUAAAUUCUAUGCAAAAUGAAGUUGUGACUCCUUCUGAGAACAAUCAUUCACAAAUUCUGGCAAAUGGUUGUUCUGAUAAUGAUCUUGAUUUCUCAAGAAAGAAUGAUUCUGAUAUCAGUUUAAACUAUUUGAAUGUAACAAAAACAAAUGUUACUAAUUCCUCAGUUAUUGUUCCCUCACAAGAUGCUGUAAAAAGGAGUUCAAAUGAUGAUCUUGAUUUAUCAGUAAUGAUAGACUCUGAUUCAAAUUCCAUGCAAAAUGAAGUUGUGACUCCUUCUGAGAACAAUCAAUCUGAGACUCCAUUUAAUGAUUGUUCUGAUGAUGAUCUUGAUUUAUCAGAAAUGAAUGACUACGAUUUUGAAGAUGUGAAUAAUGAAACUACUGAUGGAAAUGAACUUGUAAAUGAAGCACCUGUUGAACAACCAAAUACUUCUGAUUCCAUUGUUCCAGUGGCUAAAAAAAAAGGGAAAAGGAUACCUGCUUUUAAAAGGAACAUGGUGAAUCCUGCUGAUUUCAAUUUUACAGAUAUGAGGAUACUUGAGGCAGGAAACAAUGAGUGUCUGGUUUGUAAAAAGACUUUUAGACUCAGAAAUAAACUUCUAGCUCAUUUUACGGUUCAUCCUCCUGAAAAUCCUUUUUUAUUUGAUUUAUCUAAAAAAUCUGAAUUUUUUGAUGUUGAGAUAAAGCCUCCUGAUCCUAACGAGAUUGAAAAGAAGCCAUUUGCUUGUGUUCUUUGCCCUAAGCGUUUUAUAAACUAUGGUCAACUUGAGGCUCACUGUAAUGUACAUACUGGAGAGAAACCAUAUGUCUGCAAUAUUUGCUCCAAAGCAUAUAGAGAUAAAGUCUAUCUUAAGGGACAUGCAAUGUUGCAUUCAGGAAAAGCGCCAUUUCAAUGCCUUGUGUGUAACAAAAGCUUUUCUAGGCAGCAGAGUCUUGAUACUCAUUUUUUGAUUCAUACAGGUGAAAGACCUCAUGUUUGUGACAUAUGCCAUUUAACUUUUCGGAAGAAAAAUCUAAUGGUGAUUCAUUAUCGACUUCAUACAAAUGAGUUUCCAUAUUCAUGCAAGGAAUGUGGACGUCGAUUUCGAAGCAAGCGUUAUCUUGUUAAUCAUUCUGCAACACAUGAAGAAAUGCGUUAUGCUUGUGACCUUUGUCCCAAGAAAUUUAAUCAAAAGAUGUGGCUUCUAAAACAUAAGGAGUUGCAUGAAGGCAAGAAACGUUAUGAAUGUCAGUUAUGCUUUAAAGCUUUCAAAAGAAAAGCAGAUCUAGAAUUGCAUGUGUCUCUUCAUUCUGGUCAACGACCAUUUGUUUGUGAAGUUUGCCGAAAAGGAUUCAAUAGGGAAAUUUAUUUAAAGAAACAUCUUCAGACUCAUAGUGCGGAAGAGCUAGCUGAAUUUAAUGUGUGUAAGUCAGAUAAUACAUUAAAAAAACCAGCACCUUCUGGUAAUCAAAAGCCAUUUGCCUGUGAAAUUUGUCAAAAAGGUUUUAAUAGAGAACCCUAUUUGAAGAAACAUUUUCAGACUCAUAGUGCAGACGAGCUAGCUCAAUUUAAUUUGUAUAAGUUAGAUCCUACGUCAAGAAAACCACCACCUUCUGAUAGACAAAAACCAUUUAUCUGUGAAAUUUGUCAAAAAGGUUUUAAUAGAGAACCCUAUUUGAAGAAACAUUUUCAGACUCAUAGUGCAGACGAGCUAGCUCAAUUUAAUUUGUAUAAGUUAGAUCCUACGUCAAGAAAACCACCACCUUCUGAUAAACAAAAACCAUUUCUCUGUGAAAUUUGUCAAAAAGGUUUUAAUAGAGAACCCUACUUGAAGAAACAUUUUCAGACUCAUAGUGCAGAAGAGCAAGCUCAAUUUAAUGUUUGUAAAUCAGAUCAUAUGUUAAGUAAGCCAAUGUCCUCUAAUAAUCAAAAGCCAUUUGUGUGUGAAAUUUGUCAAAAAUGUUUCAAUAGAGAAAUCUAUUUAAAGAAACAUCUUCAGACUCAUAGUGCAGAAGAAAUUUCUCAGUUUAAUGCUCAUAAAUCAGAUCCUAUGUUCAGUGAACCAACAUCUUCUGAUAAUCAUGGUUCUUCCAUUUUAGAAUCACUGUCAGCAAAUUAGUUUUUCAUUUGAAUAUGUUUUGAAAUACAUUUGUGAUACUUACCAUAUUUGUGACAGUUACGGUAAGAUAUUUGAUCAAAUAUGAUGGUAUGAAAGUAAGAUUUGAUCUGGAUUAGAAAAAAGAAGAAAUUUUAUACAACUCUAACUAUUGAUAGUUGGUAAUAUAAUUGGUGUAAAGUUUGAAGGGGCAGCGUGUCCCUUAUCAGGUUGUUUGAUGCAAAUUAAUUAGAUGUCUGAAAUCUUAAAAUAUUAUCCUAGUUAAUUUGAUGAAAAAAACAUUGGUAUUUGACUUGAUUUGAUCAAAGGUUUUAAGAACAUUGAGUUUUUAAUUAUACUUAUAAUAUUAGUUUCUUAGAUAAUUGAGUUUCCUUAUCUCUAUAAAUAAUAAUUGAAGAUUUGUUGAAGUACUUUUAUUUUUUCUAAUUUAUAAUAUAAAUGAACAUUGUUAGUGGGAAAUUUGUAACAGUGUAGGAAAUUGUUUAAGUAUUACUCUUUUUUUAAAAAAAAGACCAAAAUUCUCUUACCUUAACCUGCAUGUCAAUAUAGCAAAGAUUCAUAAUUUUUUUUCUUCUCUACUUUGCGCAGACUUUUAACACAAUUACAUCAUUGCAUUUAACGUUCAAGAAUGCUGCUAUCAGGGAUAAAUUUGUUUUUAAGUUAUUAUUUUUUCUAAAUUUAAUAAAAAAUAGAUCUGCCUUUUCAAAGAAAGUUAGUUUUUAAAAAAAAUUUUUUUAUGCUUUUUUUUCUACCAAUGCAGACGCAUUUUAAAAUUAUUUAUUUGAAAUCACACAUUGUGAUCCUUAUUUACACAAUUUAAGAUGGCACAACACUAUUCAUAUUUACAUGGUUUAAUAUCACACAUCACGAUUCUUGUUUUUGCAAUUUAAGACGGCAUUUCGUGUUUAGUAUGUUCAUGAUUUCAUAUGAAAUACAACAAUGCAUAUGCAUGUGAUUUAAAAGACACUAUUGUGAUUCAUGUCUUGUAACUAAAAAUUUUACAAUGGAACUUAUUUUCAUAUGAUUUAAAAAACAAAAAUCUUUUAACAUCAUUAAAAAAAUAAUACCUUGCAUCAAUAUUUUUUCUUAAGACAUUUAUAACAUUCUAUGUACAAAUGCUUUAGAUAUAAAUUUUUUCUUGCUCAAAUUUCAGACAUUUUUUUGAUUAUUUAAUGUUUUUACAAGUAACAUUUUCGGUUUUGUUUUUUACCAAAGUUAUUCAUGUUAUAUGAAUCAAUAUAAAGUUUUAUAAAAAUUAAAGCAUUAAAAAAAAAAAAAAUUCA